AUGUUCUUGUUACCUGAUGGAAUUUUCAAGAUAGAGACCUUGCGAAUCCUCCGCUUGUCUUUCUGUGCCUUUGUGCUGCCGGAGCCGAAAAAUAAUUUUGUGGUCACCGGGCUUCCAUGCCUUCGCAUUCUAUCCUUUAGUAAAAUGGACCUGCGAGACAUGACCGUUCUCCAGGCUCUUUUUAAAGCUUGUUCGAAGUUAGAGACCGUCGAGCUUCUCCAUUGUUUCUUCCCCAUGUACUUCAAGAUUGUCGCCGAGCAUUUGAAGAAGUUCAAAGCGUGCAAGCCUGCAAACGUUCUUGAGAUCGUAGGGGUCGCCAUCGACGCGCCCAACCUAACGACAUUGCACUAUUCUGGGCCGUUGGUCGUCUUCAUAUACAAGGAUUUUGAUAAGCUGACUGAUUGCAUUCUCGACUUCAAGCCCCACAGGGCAUACUUAGCUAUGGAUCAUUACAAGCUCGACCAAGUUAUGUAUGACAUGUCAAACAUUGAGGGGUUGUGUCCAAAACACUCUGAUGGCAACAGUACUAUCAACGAUUUCUUCUGUUUGUCGAGGCUCAAGGAAAUCCAGUUGUUCAUGGAAGGAUCGAGAUAUUGCAAUGUCUUUACAAUUGUAUCAUUCCUCAGAAAGUGCCCUUCCAUCGAGAAGAUUCACAUAGAUUGUCGUGGCUGGUUCAGGGCGGACAUGGUGCUCAGCAACGGCUACGCAUUAGCGGUUCAGCAGCAUUCCCUCCUGGACUGGGUCGUGGGCCCGAGCUACCCGAACCUGAAGGUGCUCAAGCUGACCGGUUUCAAGUUCGAACCGCACGAGAUGAAGCUCUUGUCCUACUUCGUCGAGACCGGGCUCAACCUGGAAACUGUGGCCAUCUUCCUUCCUUCCCCUCGCAGCAAGGAAACGGUCCCUUUCAUGGACGAGGAAACCCUAAACCGCCGGUUCCGGCCCAAGAUGGCGUCUCCCAUUGGGAGGAUUCGUGUGUUCCAGCAUUUUGAGGACCAGAUGUUCUACCCUUCCAAGCAUCCCAAGAAUUGGUACGAUCGGUAG